CAGUCCACUCCUUUGCGCACACACUGCCAUAGUCAUGUCUGCUGGAGCAGAGAAACCCAAGUCCCAGCCUGAUGGGAAGGCAGCUGAGAACAAGAUGUCUGCAAUGGACAAGAUGUCCUACAAGAUGUGCGUCUACGACCAGGAGAAUUUCCAAGGACGCUGCAUUGAGAUCAAUGCAGAGUGCAUGAAUGUGUGUGAAAUGGGAAUGGACAGGGUGCGCUCCCUUCGUGUCGAAUGUGGGCCAUUUGUGGGCUUUGAGCAGAUGAACUUUUGUGGUGAAAUGUUUAUCCUGGAAAAGGGCGAGUACCCCCGAUGGGAUUCAUGGAGCAACAAUCAGAGGAACGAUUACCUUCUGUCCUUCAGGCCUGUGCGGAUGGAUCCUGAGGAGCACAAGAUCUGCUUAUAUGAAGUCGGAGAAUACAAGGGUCGCAAGAUGGAGAUCAUGGACGAUGACGUUCCCAGCCUGAGUGCCUAUGGUUUCACCGACAGAGUGGGAAGCAUCCUGGUCAGCUGUGGAACAUGGGUGGGGUACCAGUUCCCUGGGUACCGCGGCAGCCAGUACCUGCUGGAAAAGGGUGACUACAAGCAUUUCAAUGAGUACGGCGCUCGCAACCCUCAGAUGCAGUCCAUUAGGCGCAUCCGAGACAUGCAGUGGCACCCACAUGGCUGCUACACCCUAUCCGCCAAGUGA